AUGUCCGGCGGAUUCUUCCGGGGUACUUCCGCCGAGCAGGAUACUCGGUUUUCUAACAAGCAAGCGAAAUUGAUGAAAAGCCAGAAAUUCGCUCCGGAGUUGGAGAAUCUGGUCGAUGUGACUAAAGUGAAGAUGGAUGUUAUGAAACCUUGGAUUGCGACUAGAGUCACUGAGCUUCUUGGUUUUGAAGAUGAAGUGCUGAUCAACUUUAUAUACGGUCUGCUUGAUGGGAAGGUAGUGAACGGUAAGGAGAUUCAAAUAUCGCUAACUGGAUUCAUGGAGAAAAAUACUGGCAAGUUCAUGAAAGAACUCUGGACACUUCUUCUAAGCGCACAGACUAAUUCAAGUGGUGUUCCACAGCAGUUCUUAGAUGCCAGAGAAGCUGAAACAAAGAAGAAACAGGAAGAAGCAAUAGAAAAAGCAGAUCAGUUUCUAAUUGAAAUAGGGAAAAAGAGGGAGGGAGAAAAUAAGAACCGUGAGCAUGAUAUAUUGAGGAAAAUAGACAGCGGCGUGGAAUCCAAGGUGGCAAAUGGCAUGGAGACAAAACCUUCAAGAGAUCGUCCAGAGGACGAGGGAAGAGCUGAUGAGAAGAAUGGAGUAAAAGAAAGGAGAAGGUAG